UCUCAUAGCGCGCUGUGCGGUGCGCAGUCAAUUCUAGUUGUGAUGGACCCAACAACAGAUAAAAAUGAGGAACGGGUUAACAAAGCUUUUGAUCCAAGUCCCGAACGUUUUCCCUCGGCGAACGUGGACGACUUAGAGUUAUAUGAAAAGAAAAAGGAUAAACGAUCUGCACAAGAACGACCACAAUGGGAUAAUCAAAUUGAGUUCCUUAUGUCAUGCAUAGCCACAUCAGUGGGUUUGGGAAAUGUAUGGCGUUUUCCAUUCGUAGCUUAUCAAAACGGCGGUGGUGCUUUCCUCAUUCCAUAUGUUAUAGUUCUCAUAAUCAUAGGCAAGCCUAUGUACUAUCUAGAGACUGUAAUGGGACAGUUCAGUAGUAGCAACUGUGUCAGAAUUUGGGCACUUUCACCGGCAAUGAAGGGUACAGGAUAUGUGCAAACGCUGGGCGCUAUUUAUUUAGUAUCAUACUACGUGUCGCUCAUCGCUCUAUGUUUAUAUUACCUGGCGAUGAGUUUCCAAGAUCCGCUGCCGUGGGCAGUAUGUGAUCAAAGUUGGUUGAAUUGUGUACCUUCUGGAGAAUCAGUGAACAUAUCUUCCAUUCAAGGAAAUGCAACUAGUAGCGCCGAAUUGUAUUUCUCUCAAACUGUUCUUCGCCAAUCAGACGGAAUACAUGAUGGAAUUGGUUUGCCGUUGUGGGAUCUGACACUUUGCCUUUUUAUAUCUUGGCUCAUAAUAUUUUUGAUCGUGGCUCGGGGAGUAAAAAGUUCCGGCAAAGCGGCGUACUUCCUUGCACUCUUUCCAUAUGUCGUCAUGAUCAUCCUACUGAUUAGAGCUGUAACUCUACCCGGUGCAGUUAAUGGAAUUUUAUUUUUUGUUACACCAGUUUGGAGCAAAAUUUUAGAAGUUCGAGUCUGGUAUGCCGCUAUUACCCAAGUGUUCUUCUCCUUAUCAGUUUGUUCGGGUACAUUGAUUAUGUUUUCUUCAUAUAAUGGAUUUAGACAGAACGUUUACAGAGAUUCAAUGAUCGUAACAACUUUAGACACCUUCACUAGUCUGAUUUCUGGAAUAACAAUUUUCGGCGUGUUGGGUAACCUGGCUUAUGAGUUGAAUUAUGAUGAUGUGAGCCAGGUGGUCGGCACGGGCGGUACAAGCUUAGCAUUUAUAUCGUAUCCAGAUGCCAUCGCAAAGUCACCAGUUGUACCUCAGCUCUUUGCCGUGCUGUUCUUCUUGAUGAUGGCGACGCUUGGCGUGGGAUCAGGCGUGGCGUUGCUGUCUACCAUCAACACUGUACUGCUGGACACAUUCCCCUCCGUACCCGUACAUUUCAUGUCUGGAGGAGUUUGCACCUCUAUUUUCCUUCUUGGGCUUGUUUACGUUACACCCGGUGGUCAAUAUGUACUGGAAAUAGUUGACCAUUACGGGGGAACUUUCAUGAGACUAUUCGCAGCCAUCACUGAAACGAUCGGUAUAUUCUGGAUUUACGGUCUUGAAAAUUUAUGCAUAGAUAUCGAAUACAUGCUUGGUAGGAAAACUUCUUUCUUUUGGCGAAUAUGUUGGACUCUGGUGACGCCAUUACUUAUGAUAACUGUAUUCUUUUACGCAUUGAUCACUACGGAGCAAUUACUUUUCGGUGGAACUUACGAAUACCCUGCGGGAGCUUAUAUUGCUGGCUAUUGUUUACAAUAUAUAGGAAUGUCACUUAUUCCCUUAUUUAUUUUGAUCACUUUGUGGAAAUACAGAUCUAAAAGCAUUAUUGAGACUGUUAAAGCUGCUUUCCGUAAAAAGCCAACUUAUGGUCCUAGAGACGAAGACAAACGAGAGGAAUGGAAGCAGUUCAGGCGUGAAGCUAAAUUAAAUCGUCAAAUGAAGCGUAAAAAUUGGUUUUAUGACAUGAUAAUCAUAUUGUUUAGAGGUUACAGAAGAUAGGAAGUAUUUAAUUAUUAUUAUUAUAAAAAUAAUAC